AUGAAACCCGCUAAUAAAAUUUUGGUAGAUUUGUCUAUUGCUGCUGUUCAAUUGAACCCACAAAUAGGUAAGGUAAAUGAAACUAUAUCCAGGGCUAAGAUGCUCUUGAAUCAGUUCAAAGCCAAGUUAGAAACGAGAGAUGGAAAUAAAAAUGUGGAUAUGAUUGUGUUUCCGGAAUUUGCUCUUACUGGUUAUAAUUUUAUGUCAAGAGAUCAUAUUCUUCCUUAUACACAUACUACUAAAGAAAGUCCAUCUUUUAAGUUUGCGCAGAAUGUUUCGAAGAUGUUUAAUUGUUAUACAAUAAUCGGCUACCCUGAAAGUGAAACAGAAUCAAAAAAAAUAUUGUUUAACUCAGCUGCAGUCGUUUCACCUCAAGGUGAACUAAUAUUUAAUUAUAGAAAAUCGUUUCUGUAUUUUACAGAAGAUAAUUGGGGAUGUUCAGAAAAUCCAAAACAAUUCCAAAAUUUUCCUCUUAUUUUCAAGAAAAAGGGUAGAAGAGUAGGAAAUAUGAAUAAUGAACCUAUUGAUGUCGAGUUGAAUACCUCCAUUGGUAUAUGCAUGGAUCUUAGCCCUUACAAAUUUGAAGCACCAUUUAAUGAUUGUGAAUUUGCUUCAUUUAAUUUAGAUAAAAGAGUGGAACUUAUUAUAUGUCCAAUGGCAUGGUUACAUAGUUCAUCCGUAACAAAGCAAGAUUAUGAAUUAGAUAAUGAUUCUAAUAAUGAUAUACCUAAAAAAUUGAAGAAUAUUGAAAAUGUUUUGGAAUCACAAGGAUUACCAAUAAUAGGCUCACAAUCUGAUUUUCAAUUGGAUUUAGAUAAUAACAAUAAAACAGCUCGCAUCCCUACCGGGUCAUCGGAUAUUGGACACACUUACAAUGAGUUGUCGAAACCUGAUAUGACCAAUGUAAAUUACUGGUUGCUUAGAUUUCUACCAUUCUUGCAAUUAAAUGUAAGAAAAAAUUGGGCUGCAAGAAAAAGCUUGUCUAAUAUAUUUGAAGAACUAAAUCGCCCAUCUUAUAUGGGUACCUCAAAGAAUAAAUACUGGGAAUUUGCUAAUAGAAAUACAAUUAUGGUAAACGCUAAUAGAUGUGGUGUAGAAGGUGGAGACACUCUCUUUGCUGGUAGUUCAGGUAUUUAUAAAUUCAAUGGUCGCGAAGAUUUUGACAUGGAGGAGUUAACAAAGGAUGAUAAUAAAAGGCUUGAUUCAACAAACCCUAGUGUUGAAUUAUAUGGGAAUUUAGGAAAGGGAAAAGAAGGUAUAAUUGUAAGAGAUAUUCAGUUUGAAAUAGAGAGAUAA